AUAGGAGGGUGGACGAUUUAAAAGGAGUGGCACAGGCUUUGAGAAAGACACUCCUUGCUGCAGAGUUGACCAGUCCUCCUUCACAGCCAUCAUGACUUUCAACGGCUCCUGGAAAAUUGAGCGCAAUGACAACUAUGACAAGUUCAUGGAACAAAUGGGCAUUAACAUGGUGAAGAGGAAGCUGGCUGCUCACGACAAUCUCAAGAUAACCAUCGAACAAACUGGAGACAAGUUUCAUGUCAAGGAGAGCAGCAAUUUCCGGAACCUGGAAAUAGACUUCACCCUGGGGGUCACCUUUGACUACAGCCUUGCAGAUGGAACAGAAGUAUCAGGCUCAUGGACUAUGGAGGGAGACAUGUUAAAGGGUGUUUUCACCAGAAAGGACAAUGGAAAGCAACUGACAACAACCAGAAUCGUCCAGGGAGACGAACUUGUGCAGAGCUACAACUACGAAGGUGUGGAUGCAAAGAGGAUUUUCAAGAGGGCUUAGAAUAAACUGAUCCACAACUCCUCAACGUGAGAUGUUUGACUUCAGGAUUACAAACAGUAUUGUGUUGAAUUAUCCAUUUGCUUAUAUCUGCUUAUUCAAAUGUAACCCGUAAAAUGUGCACUACUUGUAAUAUACAGUACAUAAAACAGUUUUGAAUUGCACCUGAUUUUUACAA